AUGGCUGAUGAGAACGUACAAGAUUUAACAACGCCACGAUUCAUUCCAUCGACACGCUUCAUCAUAGCUUUACUUGUUUCGUUUGCACUUUUUACUCAAUAUGCACAACGACAAAGUUUAUCUAUUGCAAUUGUAUGCAUGGUCAAUAAGACGGGCAUCAAUAUGGAAGUUAAUUCGACACAAAACUCGACUCUUGUGAAACAUAAUACAACACUAACACCUUCUGUCAUAGAUACAGCUCAAAUUUUUAAAGAGAAAACAUUUCGUUGGAGUGAAUUCGAACAGCAAAUCAUACUUGGCGCGUACUGGGCAGGCUAUAUUUUAACACUCGUACCAGGUGGUUGGUUGUCGAUGAGUAUUGGUGCUAAGCGAGUAUUUGCCUACUGUCUACUCACAAGUUCUCUGGCAACAUUGGCUCUAUCAGUUAUUUAUACAAUGGCCGAAACUCAAGUUUUGCUUAUACUGAUCAUCGUCCUACGAAUAAUUGUUGGUCUCGGUCAUGGUGCUCUCUUUCCGGCUACGUAUACAAUAUGGGUAUCAUGGGCAGUACCAAAUGAGCGAGGUACUUUGACAUCCAUCAGUUUUUCUGGUACACAUGUUGGUACAUGUUUCGGUUAUGGUUCUGGUUAUGUUGUCAAUUUUGCUGAUGUAGUACCUGCCUAUUCAAGUCUUCUUUUUGGUCUAUCGAUCACAUUUGGUUCCUUGGCCAGUCUUUCGGCAAACAUCUUAGCAGGUGUUCUAAUCAAACAGCCUAUUCUUAGCGAUUGGCAAUACAUGUUCAUCAUUUUUAUCAUUGUCUAUACUAUCGGUGGUGUCGUCUACUUGAUGUUUGGUUCGGCUAUUCCACGAAAAUGGGCUACAGAUAUAUUUGAAGAGCAUAAUAGUAACAUUGAAAAUGAAGCACCCAUAAAUCCCUCCGAAACAAUGCUUACGGCUUAA